GUUGGCGAGUAGGCAUUAUUCCUACGUACGUGUUCAUCUCUUCGGAAAACCUCAGUCAGUUCAGUAGGAAUCUCCGGUCAUUCCUGCAGCUGAAUCCAACGUCAUCGUACUCUCGCCUCCAAGGGUUAAACCGUUUCUUCCUUUUGACACCAAAUGGAGGCCAUGGCUGUGAACCCCAAUACCUCUUCUUCAUCCUUAUCACAAAUCCCGAUGAAUUCAACUUCACCCCUAAAACCACUUCUUCCUAUUCACCAAUUCCCAUCCCACCUCGACGCACCGGAAAUUUCCUCCGCCGCCCGAACCAUUUGCGAAAUCCUUACCCGUGUCUCUCCCCAUGACAUCGAAUCUGCACUCUCCUCCACCGGAAUCUCUCCCUCAACGGAAAUCGUCCAGGAAGUCCUCAAAUUUUCCUACCAUUACCCUUCCUCUGCUGUGAAGUUCUUCCGGUGGGCCGGCCGGGCUCAGAAGCACUCCGCUGAUGCGUGGAACCUCAUGGUCGACUUGCUUGGCAAGAAUCAGUUGUUCGACCCCAUGUGGGACGCGGUGCGGUCCAUGAAGGAGGAAAGAAUGGUCUCGAUGGCCACAUUCGAGUCCGUCUUUGGGAGUUAUUGCAUGGUCCGGAGAUUUAACGAGGCCGGGAUGAGCUUUGAUGUGAUGGAUAGGUACGGAAUUCAAGCAGAUGUCCUUGCGGUGAAUCUGCUGUUGAGCGUGAUUUGCCGCGAGGAAAAUCAAACGGUGAAGGCGCUGGAGUUCUUCGAUAGGAUCAAAGUGAAGAUUCCCCCAGAUGGGGACACGUUCGCCGUUUUGUUGGAAGGUUGGCGGAAGGAAGGCGAUGUAGCACAAGCCAAGCGCACCUUUGAGGAAAUGGUGAUCCGCCUCGGUUGGAGCCCGCAGUAUAUGUCAACUUAUGAGGCAUUCUUGAAGAUGCUUUUGCGGGAGGCGCAGUUCGAAGAGGCCAUCAAGUUUCUUCAAGUUAUGAAGGAAAAUAAUUGUUUGCCAGGUUUGAAAUUCUUUUCCGAUGCUCUCGAUAUACUUAUUGAGCUAAAAGAUUCACGCCACGCAAUGCCAUUGUGGGAUAUUAUGGUUGGAAGUGGUUCGGUGCCCAAGUUGAUCAUGUAUAAUAAGAUGAUUGGUUUUCUCUGCAACAACAAUGAUAUCGAUAAUGCGUUUCGGCUCCUGGAUGAGAUGCCCUUUGAUGGUGUUUUUCCUGAUAGUUUAAGUUAUAACAUGAUAUUUAAUUGCCUGAUUAGAAACAAUAAGGUCCAUGAGGUGGGUAAAUUCUUUGUCGAGAUGAUUAAAAAUGAAUGGUCACCUACGCAUUCUAAUUGCGCAACAGCCAUCGCUAUGUUGUUUGAAGGCUAUGACCCUGAAACAGCCAUUGAGAUUUGGAACUACAUGAUUGAGAACAAUGUCAAACAUCUUGAUGAAAGUGCAAAUGCUUUGCUCCUUGGUCUUUGUAACUUAGGUAGAUUGUCGGAGACAAGGAGGUUUGCCGAUGAUAUGCUCGACAGAAGAGUAAGUAUAUAUGAGACAACGAUGGCAAAAUUGAAGAAUGCUUUCUAUAAGAAGGAGGAUAGAGCUGCGAGGGACAAAUUUGAUAGUCUUUCAAGGAGGUGGAAAGGACACUAGGAUUCAUGGUGUAAAUUUUUGUUUUGAUCUGGCAUAUAAACUUUAACAUUUUUAUUAUUUCGGAUUAAUGUUUCGAUAAUUAGAAGUCCUUGAUGCAAA